AUGUACAGACGAGGCUUGAGUGUGUCUGUCCGCAGGUAUCAGAGGAAGUACCAGUACACACAGCUGGGCCGUACGCUGUGUCAGCCGCCCACCAAAGCCGUGGCAGAGACGCAGUUCUUCUUCGUGGACGUGUCGACGCUGUCCAGCGCUGGGGUCCACUAUCAGCUGCGCGUCAGUCGCGUGGACAGCUUCACGCUGCAGACAGACAAGAAAUUCAGCUUCAAUGCGACGCCGUCCCAACCACAGUUCUUUAGGUACGUGUUUCCGGAAGGUGUGGACACAGUGAUUGUGAAGGUGAACUCACAGAAGAACUUCCCCUGCUCAGUCAUGUCAAUACAGGACAUCCAGUGUCCGGUUUAUGAUCUGGAUAAUAAUGUGGCGUUUAUUGGAAUGUAUCAGACUAUGACCACCACAGCCGCCAUCACAGUGCAGAGGAAGGAUUUCCCCAGUAACAGUUUCUAUGUGGUGGUGGUGGUGAAGACUGAAGACGAGGCGUGUGGAGGACCGCUGCGAUUCUACCCGCUCUUACCUGAUGAGCUGCUAGAUGCUGGGAAUCGCAGUAAAACUCUGGAUGUGAUUGUUUCUCCUGCCAUUAACUUGGAGGUGUAUGUGAUGGGGAUGCUCUUCUGCCUGGGGAUCUUCCUGUCCUUCUAUCUGCUCACGUUUCUCAUGGCGUGUGUGGAGAAUAAGAGGAUGAACAGGAAGAGGGAGGGGCUUCUGAACGCCGACACCUCACCUGCUGAGACAGCGUCUCUCUUGGGAAAAGUGUCUCCGUAUGAAUACGGUUCAUUUGCUGAUAACGGCAGCACAUUGAGCUCUGAAGCUGUUACUGACAGUUUAGCAUCGGCCGAUGGGAACUACGGAUACAUGGAGCGUUCCUUAGAGAGUGUCGGCCGCAGUCGCCACGAGUCUCUGAGUUCAGUAGAAGAAGACGAUUACGACACGCUGGCCGACAUCGAUUCGGACAAAAACAUCGUCCGUACGAAGAAGUUCCUGUGCGUCUCUGAUCUCGCUCGUAAAGACAAACGCAUCCUCAGCAAGAAAUACCAGAUCUACUUCUGGAACAUCGCUACGAUCGCAGUGUUUUACGCUCUUCCUGUCAUUCAGCUGGUUAUCACCUAUCAGACGGUUGUAAACGUCACAGGAAACCAAGACAUCUGCUAUUAUAACUUCCUGUGUGCACACCCUCUUGGAGCACUAAGCUCCUUCAAUAACAUCCUGAGCAACCUGGGUUAUGUGCUGCUGGGGCUGCUGUUCCUGCUCAUCGUCCUACAGAGGGACAUCCUUCACAACCGCGCGCUCGAGCGCAACGAGAACACAGCGCUGGAGUGUGGCAUUCCCAAGCACUUCGGCCUGUAUUACGCCAUGGGCACUGCUCUGAUGAUGGAGGGGCUACUCAGCGCCUGCUACCACGUCUGUCCGAACUACACCAACUUCCAGUUCGACACGUCGUUGAUGUAUAUGAUUGCUGGAUUGUGUAUUGAUGCAGACGAGUCUAAACGUGUGUGUGUGUGUGUGUGUGUGUGUCAGGUGUUUGGUAAGGGUAACACAGCGUUCUGGAUCAUUUUCUCUGUCAUACACAUACUGGCCACACUGCUGCUGAGCACACAGCUCUACUACAUUUUAUUAUACUGUGACUCGGGGAUCUUGCGCAGGAUGUUGAAUGUGAUCUACACAGACUGUAUUCGGCAGUGCAGUGGACCCAUGUACAUCGAUCGGAUGGUUCUGCUGGUGAUGGGAAACAUUGUGAACUGUUGCGCUGCUUUUCCAUUGGCGGCGUAUGGCCUCAUCAAACGACCCAAUGACUUCGCUUCGUACCUGCUGGCCAUUGCUAUCUGUAACCUGCUGCUCUACUUCGCCUUUUACAUCAUAAUGAAGGUGCCGCUCUCAUGGCCCACUCAUAAUCGUGCUUAUGAUUUUUGUCGUAAUCGAGCAACCCUAGUGUUACCUGUGUGCAGUGAUGUUGAUCGAUCUGUGUGUCUCCAGAAAACUCCAGCGGAGUCUCGCGAGCACAACCGUGAGUGUAUCCUGCUCUCCUUCUUUGACGAUCACGACAUCUGGCACUUCCUGUCCUCCAUCGCCAUGUUCGGUUCCUUCCUGGUUCUGCUCACGAUGGACGACGACCUCGACACGGUUCAACGAGACAAAAUCUACGUCUUCUGAUGGACCGAUACUAGCCAAUCACAGAGCAGCACCGGGGGUGUCGGCCAAUGAGAGGCCUCGCUACCUGAAUAUGUUUACCUGCCAGUCAGAGACGGUGUGGGAGGAGCCUCGUAUGAGAGCUAAUGCUGAUAGGACAGUGAAUGUGCCAGUCAAACUGCCAGAGCUCCUCCCCUCAUCAUGUUAAUCGCUUCAGACCUGACCUGCAGAUCUCAAUGCAUUUUUGUACCGGUGGAGUUUCUCUUGUUCUCUGCGUUUGUGUCCGUCUGUGGCCUUCUGUGUCUGUGGUUUUGGACCGUGUGGUUCUGACUGUAAUCCGAGCCGAGCUGCUUCACUCAUCUAAAGAUGAUUCUGAUCUGAGAAAAUCAACUUUGCACUGUCUUAAAAUUACAGAUUGUGUUUUUACAAAUGGAAUGAUUACUGAAUAAAGACUUUUUACGGUUGUUUUCA